UGAGUAUGACAGUAUGAGAAUGUGUCAACCAGUGUCAACUAUUUUGAGUUAUUGCGUAUAUUCUCUUAAAAAUUCAAAAUUUUAAAUAUAAUGGAUUUCUUCAAUGUAUUUAAGAGUUUUUUUGGUUUUCCCAAUUCAGUACAUCCACAUGAUUUCAACAGUGAAAGAUAUGAGAAUAUCAAAGAAGAUAGUCACAAUCACUUUAUUAAGUCAGAGGUGGAUAAUGAUGAAAUGGGUUUUCAAAUAUUCGCAAAUCCAUUGGAGAUGCAGCGUUACUUUGAACAGCAGCUAAAUGAAAUUGCUAGAUCCUUUGGAGAAAAUACACUGUUUGGUAACAUUUUUCCUAACCCAAAUUUAUCAGCUGUUGAAACACAAACAGAGUCUACCUCAAAGAAUUUAAGAGAUAUAUAUUUAAAACCAGAUUACGAAAGACAUAACACAUCAGCUAAGACAGACUCUGACCUUGAUGGAAAAGUCAAUAUUAAGGAACUAGAUACUAUAUUGGAACCUAACCAUAGGUUUUCUGCACCAAAAUCAAGUUUCUUUGGACAAAGUGUUAUCACAAGAACUAUUGCAAAGCCUGAUGGAAGUAUAGAAAUGACAAGGAGAAUUAGUGAUCAUUUAGGGAAUGAGGAAACAUCUGUAACUCAUAGACAUGGAGAUCAGGAACAUAUUAUUGUAACUAAAAUUGUGAAGAAUGGUCAAUCUGUGACUGAUGAGAAACUAGUUACUAUUGAAGAAGGAAAACAAAUCAGAGAAAUACCUGAUAUAAAUAACUUUGUUUUUUCAAUUUUCAAUGAUUUUUUUAAGUAGCUAUAGUAAAUUAAGUACUUUUCAUCAUAUUAUUAUGGCAAACCUUUUUAUUAUUAUUCAGGUAUCCAGCUAUAUUUAAUACAUGCUUUUGCAUGACUAUUUUAGAAAGAAAUAUCUGCAAAAGACUUAACUAUUCACUACAAAUAUAUGUGUAUGAUGAUAAAACCCUCAAGCUGUCUUCGAGAAAAAAAUAACGCUCAACAUGUAUUAUAUACCACGAUAAGACAUACUUAAUAAAAGUUAUAGGAAAGUCUGUACGUAAAUAUGUUUAAAUUCAGGUUGUCAUUUUUAUCUUACACAAUUUUACGUGUUAUUAACAUUACAUUCGGUUCUUCCUUCUCAGAAGAAAGCAAAACGCUAUACAUAUACAAAACGAACAGGGGGACCUACAAAGAGACUAAUAAGAAGGAAGAUAUGUAAUAAUACAUAGUAAUUAGAUUAAUUAUACAU